AUCUAAAUCACUCUCUCUCUCUCUCUCUCUAAAGACCAUGAAUCGACAAUCAGCAUCAUUUGUGUCAAGGAUGGAGACCUGGUUCAUAAUAGUCGUCUCCCUCUGCAUCGCCGCCCUCAUCCGAUCCAUAAUACUCCACCGGAAACACCAUAACAAACUACCACCAGGACCAUCACUCCUUCACUCCACCUUCCUACACCUAAUCUCAAAACCUGUUCUCAUUAAUCUCAAAACCCGGUACGGGCCCAUCUUCACUCUUUACACCGGUUUGGUACCUUCCAUCUUCAUCACCAGCCGUUCUCUCGCCCACCAAGUUCUUGUUAUAAAAGGUGCAGUCUCCUCUGAUCGCCCAAAGUUCUUCCUAAACUUCAACAUCGGCACUUGCUCCUACGGGCCUACUUGGCGACUCCUCAGGCGAAAUCUGGCAACUGAGAUCAUGCACCCUACCCGCAUCAAAUCAUAUUCAUGGGCUCGCAAGUGGGCUUUUCAUAUUUUAAUUAGUCGUCUGUUAGAAGAGAAGGAUGAUGCUGCCGGAGUUAAAGUGUAUGACCAUUUUCAUAAUGUUAUGUUUAGUUUGUUGGUGUUGAUGUGCUUUGGAGAAGAGCUUGACGAGAGUCGAGUUGAUGAGUUCGUUAAGAUACAACGUGAGAUGUUGUCGGUAGUUGUUUCAGGUAAGCUCAGUAGGUUCCCAGGCAGGUUGGGGAGGUUAUUGUUUAGAAACUUAUGGAAACAGUUUGAGAAAUUGCGUGAUGAUAGAGAACAAAUGUUGCUUCCGAUUAUCAAGUCUAGACUAGAGUCGGAUUGCUUGGAUGAGCAUGGAAUCAUGGCUUAUGUUGACACUUUGGGGAAACUACGGCUUCCGGAAGAUGAAGUUGAUAAUAGAAAGGGUGGAAAGCUCACUGACAAGGAGAUGGUUAACUUGUGUAGUGAGUUUGUCACUGGUGGGACAGAUUCAACCUCGAGUGCUCUACAAUGGAUCAUGGCUAAUCUAGUGAAGCAUCCUCACAUUCAGAGCAAGCUUUAUGAUGAGAUCGUUGCAGUCGUGGGACCGGUAGAGGUGGACCCAGAAUCGGUUAUAAACGAAGAGGAUAUACAAAAAAUGCGUUACUUGAAAGCGGUGGUUUUGGAAGGGCUGAGGAGACACCCACCAAUUCAUUUUCCGCUACCCCAUAGGGUCAUGAAGGAGAUGGAGGUCGAAGGUUACACGAUUCCCGAGGGUGCCACGAUCAAUUUCAUGGUGGCUGAGAUGGGUUUGGAUCCCAAGGUCUGGGAUGAACCCUUGGAGUUCAAACCAGAGAGGUUCUUGGUGAAUGAUGAUGUGUUUGAUAUAAGUGGAAGCAAAGAGAUAAAAAUGAUGCCUUUUGGUGCUGGAAGAAGGAUAUGUCCUGGUUCCGAUUUGGGUUUUCUUCAUUUGGAGUAUUUUGUCGCGAAUUUGAUUUGGUAUUUCCAUUGGACUGUUCCCAAUGGUUAUAAUGUUGACUUUUCGGAGAAGGCUGGGGCGACUGUGAUCAUGGAAAAUCCUCUAAGAGCACGAAUAUCUUCUAGGGCUGGAAAAUGAACUUGUUGAGUCCAAACAUGCAUACCAAUAUGUUUACAAUGUACAAAAUUAAGAAGCCACUAGAACUUGGAUGUUUGAACUUUGAAUUACCGUCUUAAUGUAAACUUACCUUAUAUAUAUGAUUUACGUUCAAUAA